UUCCCACCAAGGCAAUUUACUGUAGGGCAGGAGCCAGUGCCGGCUAAAAGCAUUGGCUACUACAGUAGUAACACAAGGCUCUUCUCUGCUCUUCGUGAAGCACUCAAUGAAAAAGAAUGGGAGGAGCUCAAAGAGUCGAAACUGGGAGUGUUUUUAAAGUUCUACGAAUUGGAGUUUUCAUGGGCGUCUAGGCUGGUACACUAUAUGCUCACAUUUCAGCUUGACUGCAAGAAGAAGUAUGAGUUGUGGAGUCUUAUAGGUGUUAAACCAGUUAGGUUUUCUCUGAAUGAAUUUGGAGAGAUCACUGGUCUGAACUGUGAGUAUGUGAAGAAUCUUGAGCAUCCUUUGGUUGAGGUAACUGAUGAAAUGAAGGCAUUUUGGGAGCUGCUGGGAGUGAAUUUCGAGCGUGGGCCAAGCAUUGAUGAUUUAACUACAGCGUGUGCUAGGUGCGAAACAUGGUCUACAGAUGAUCGAAAGCGCUUAGGUUAUCUAGCCAUCUACGCUGGCUUCAUUGAGGCACAAAGAACCACGACACCCACACGGGCUGCCCUGGCUAGGUUAGUGAUGGAUCUUGAGGUUUUUGAAGAUUAUCCGUGGGGAAGAGUAGCAUUUAAAGGCUUGAUGGAUUCAGUGAAGAAGGCUGACCUUACAAAGACGUCAUACUACCUUGAUGGCUUUGUUGAGGUUCUUCAAGUCUGGAUCUACCACGCUCUCCCUGAAUUCGCAGCUGGUUACGGAGAUCCUGUGGAAGCAGAUCCUUUGGCAGGCACCCCGACUCCACCUCUGCUUGCCUUCUUAGGUGGCAAAGGCCGGAAACAUGGCAAGGAAAAGUUACAGAAACAGACUACCAUUAACACAUGUACUGUGAAGGAUUAUUCUGAAAUGUUUCCUCUCUGGGAUGAUGAAGUGGAAGAUAAAAAGGCUGAUAACAUUAUCGAGGCUAUUUUUUCCAGUGGAUGGUCAUGGAACCAAGCUCACUGGCCUGACACUGGAACCAAACUGUGGACAAGUGUGAAGGUUGAGUACAAAAAGGUGAAGACAAGCAAGAGGUCACUGUGCUCUGCUCCCACCGAGUCUGAGGAAGAAUCACCACGCAAGAAGGCUCGUGUGUCCCCUGGCCAGGAUACCUUGAAUGCAGAGAUAAAAGUUUGGCUCACUGCCAUGGCUUCUAGUAUGGUUGAAGGAUUGGGGAGAUGUGAGAGUUUGUUGACCACACAGGGCCGCAUGAUUGAGAGCCUUGCAAAAAAGGUAGAAGAUAUGGAGAAGAUUGUGGGUGGAGAGAAUUAUGAGGAUAAAAAAACUGAGGAAAACAAAGAUGAGGAAGAUGGUGGCAAAGAUGAGGAAAAUGGUGGCAGUGAUGAUGAAGAAGGUGGCAGAGAUGAUGAAGAAGGUGGCAAAGAUGAGGAAGAAAGGAACGAUGAGGAAAGCAGUUCUGAAGCCGAUGAAGCCACUCCCAAGGAAGCCAUUCCCGAGCAAGCCACUCCCAAGGAAGCCAUUCCCGAGCAAGCCACUCCCAAAAGAGGCAGACCGAGAAAAGCGCAAGCUAAGAAAGGAUCUAAAGCUGUGGAAGCCUCUCCUCAACUAAACAGACCAAAGAGAGGCCAAGCUAAGCAAGCCACUGACAAAGCCACUGUGGUUAGUAACAAAUCAACUCCCCAAAAGAAAAGAGGCCGUAAAACAGGGAAAAAGAAGUAACUUGUUUAUUUUGGAAUGUUUGAACGUUUUUUUGCUUGUUUUCACUUGGAAUGUUUGACCUUUUCUCCUUCUCGUUUCAGCUUGUUUUCAUUUCAUGUUGGCUUGUUUGGUUUUUCUGCAUGCAGCAGACUUC